CCUGUGUGGUGCCAGUUGAUUGGUUUGUGCGCGGAAGACGUUACCCCUGCCUGGUCUCUGUUCAUGCAGAAAACUUCCGUCUUCGGUUAAAAAGGAAAACACGUAACGUACUGAGGAGUUGUUGGUCUUACAUUGAAGACCCGAAGGAGCCGGUAGUGGUUUGCUGGGCUGUUCCUUGGUGCUAAUCUGCUGUGGAUGAAGAGGAUCUUGCCUCUGCGGCACCUUCUCACCGAAAGUGGGCCUUCCAACGAGGAUGACAAUGGAAGAGAUGAAGAAUGAAGCUGAGACAACCUCGAUGGUUUCCAUGACGCUCUACGCUGUUAUGUACCCAGUUUUCAACGAGCUGGAGAGAGUGAACCUGUCAGCAGCACAGACGCUGAGAGCAGCCUUUAUCAAGGCAGAAAAGGAGAACCCAGGCCUAACCCAGGACAUCAUCAUGAAGAUCCUGGAGAAGAAGAACGUGGAGGUGAACUUCACCGAGUCCCUCCUUCGCAUGGCUGCUGACGACGUGGAGGAGUACAUGAUUGACAGACCGGAGCAGGAGUUCCAGGACCUGAACGAGAAGGCACGUGCGCUAAAACAGAUUCUGAGUAAAAUUCCAGACGAGAUCAACGACAGAGUGCGCUUUCUGCAGACCAUCAAAGACAUCGCGAGUGCCAUAAAGGAGCUACUGGACACAGUCAACAACGUGUUUAAGAAAUAUCAGUAUCAGAACCGGAGGGCACUCGAACACCAAAAGAAAGAAUUUGUGAAGUACUCCAAAAGCUUCAGCGACACCCUCAAAACAUACUUCAAAGAUGGAAAGGCAAUAAACGUCUUCAUCAGCGCCAACAGGCUGAUUCACCAAACCAACUUAAUACUGCAGACCUUCAAAACUGUAGCCUAGGAGCUCCUGUUCUUAGAGGUGUGAUUUAUUUUUUUUAAUGUGGGGUAGGAUAACCUUUAUGUAAAAUGUACAUUUUUUUUUUUUUUUUUUUUCUUUUUUGACUGUAUAAUUUAUGAGUCUUGCUUCACGGGGCUUCUAUUCCUUUUGCUUCUAGCUUCUCAAUCAUGAUUUCACCACAAAAAGAUUCCUGCGUCACCUCUUGCUGUCACUAUCAUUCUAUCCGAAAGAAAGCCAAAAGAUUUCUGCGCCUUAAAAUGUCAUGUAACAUCCCUUAUAUGAAGUGUAAAUAUUGGUAUUCUGUUUCAGACAUUCUAACUUGAAGAAUAAGAAAUGCAAGUUAUGUAUUUAAACAGAUAUUUGGUGGCAAAUGUUCAAAUAAAUAGUUUACAUAUGUUGGAAAAUUUUGAA